AUGGUGGAAACAAGCGCUGAUCGUGUGGCUUGGGGCGUGGCUAUCGGAUGUCUCGUUAUUGUCAUGGGUGGAGCAGGGUUGGUGGCGAAGCUUCAUGCGGAUCUACUGGAACUCAAUGAAAUAGCUGAAGUUGAAAUUGUCAAUUUUCAAUCUGAACAUGAAGUAAUAUGGAAGGAGGCGUUGAAGCUUGGUGAGAAAUUCGGUCGACGAAUCGAAAAACGUCAAGUGCACAGUCGCCGUCAUGCGGACGAACCAUUCCGUUCUAUCCCGAGGAAACGUCAUCUAUACAGCUACCCUCAACCGAUGCGUUACCAAGAGGUUCCACGUUAUUUCGAACCCUUGCAACAAGUCCAUCUGCCGCAACCACAAGAGCCAGGU